AUGUCGACAGAAAAGAUCAGUGAAACGUAUCGUGGGUAUGUCGGGUCCACGAAGGAUGCUUUACUCGUCACACAAGCUGUCCUAAAUCAGCAACUAAGCUUGAUACCACGGCGUCCGCUCGAAAAAGAACGACCCCAGUUUAUAAAAUCUGGAAACGUGUUUGUAUUCAUAGAAGAAUACUCUGGCAUUAAAAGAUGGACAGAUGGAAUUGCAUGGUCACCACUGCGCAUUCUAGGCCGAUUCUUAGUUUACCGAGAGUUGGACAAACACAGUUUGAAUGAAAAGGACGACAAGAAGAAGAAGAAAAGGAAGGUCAGCAUAGACGUUUCUGACCCUAAAACCAACUCACCGUACAAUAUCUCCGGUACCUGGAGUUCCAAUGCGACCGAACCAAAGCCAUAUAUGUCAAGAGAUCUGGGACUCAUCAAGAAAACCAUGAGUAUUGCAACAAAUUCGAAUGACUUAAACCUCGAAACCAAGAAUCAAAAGAUGACCAUUCACUUGAUUUGCUAUUAUAACGUCGAUGACGUUUUAAAUGGCUUUUUAACGAGACCCUCGGAGGAUGAUUUGAAAGACUUGACCAUCUCAGAAGGCCUCUGGAAUGCAGUAAAGGACACUCAAUUAGUAGGAAAAAUUCCUAUUGAAGACGAAGCUUACUAUUUCUUGGACACAAAUUACCAGUUGCAAAACAUGUCGGCCCUUGAGGACAUCGACCAUGCAAAGUCUUCCCAUAGCGAAAGGCAAGAUCAGUCCCCUCAGCUGCACUAUAAUGUACCUCAGCAACAAAAAUUUAUUCCACAAGGUUCGAGUGGCCCACAAGGACUUCAUAUGUUGCCCAUUCCAAUCCAGACCCCUUCCUUCAUGUACAACAAUCAUAAAGACGAAAAUAUCCCGUAUCAACCGUACCGGGUUCCACGGAAGGAAAGCUCAGAAGGCAAUCAUGGGUCUGGUCCACCUAUCGUGGGCUCAGCCAUAUCUGACGUUAAUUUUGGUGGUCCAUAUGGAGCUAUCCACGGCGGAUCCACAACCAACAAUUCGGGCCAACCUGGCUCCUAUUAUAACAGUUACAUGAUUCCUCCACAGGUAAAGUCAUACCUGUACGACAGCGGGUCUUCAUUGCAAGGUUUGAACCAUCCGUUGUAUUUAUAUCCACAACCGUUGGAGAGUUAUUACCAAGGACCACAGCAACAAUUUCUGGCGCCUCAAACUCUGCUGCUGCACCCUUCUUAUAACUAUGUGGUUCCUUCAACUGAAUCGGGCUCUCUUCCUACGAUGAAUAGUAUUUCAUCGAACUAUAACCAGUCGCAAAAAAAUUUAACAAAUAAAUCAAGGACCCAAGGUGCUGGUAAUGGCCAUCUGUUAGGGAAUUACCCAACAUUCCCAGUCCCUGGUCACUUAACACAUGGAGGUGGACAGCUGCACAACAGCCCACAAACCGCACAGCCGUCGAUUGGCCCACAGGCGGUACCUAACCUUCCUGGUGAAGAACAAAUCACCAGCUCGUUCAACCCAUCUAACUAUGCUAGUUCGAACUAG